CAACACGAGAGGGCGUGGCUACAGAGAUCCACUGCCUUCAGUCAUUGGUUUCCUCAAAUCACGUGUGUUGUUGUCAAGAUGGCGUCUCCGAAUGGAGGUGAGGACUUUGAGUCCUCUCUGCUGAGUUUUGAAAAACUUGACCGGGCUUCACCUGACCUGUGGCCAGAGCAGUUACCGGGUGUCUCAGAAUUUGCUGCAUCCUUCAAAAAUCCUAUCACAAAUUCUCCGCCCAAAUGGAUGGCUGAACUGGAGUCAGAAGAUAUUGAAAUGUUGAAAGAAUUAGGAAGUUUGACCACAGCAAAUCUGAUGGAGAAGGUGAAGGGACUGCAGAAUCUGGCUUAUCAGUUGGGCUUGGAGGAGUCCCGAGAAAUGACGAGAGGGAAAUUCCUGAACAUCUUGGAGAGACCCAAAAAGUGAAGACCCAGAUGGCGACCGCUGACCUGUCGGGACAGCUACCACCUGAUUGUGAUCUUGUGAGGCAGAAAACAGUAGCAUGAUACGUUAGCUUUUAAAUGCUUUCAAUACGAUUUGACUGAUUUGGGGUCAAAACAUCACAACAGCAAUGCAUCAAUAUAUUUUGUAUAUAUGUUCUCAAAAAGUUCUUUAAAUGACAGGUGCUGAGUAGAAAGGGUAGGAUAGUGGUGUGCUAUUCAAUAAAUGUUCAUAAAUGUAUUUAUUUUUCACUCUGCUGUGUUUAAUACAGUGUAAUACAACUUCAAUUGUUUUAUUAAAAAUUCACUUUUGUUUAAAUGAA